UCAAGAGCUACACUGUCAUGGCGGUGACGAGCUGAAGCUACUGGGGUAAAUCAGGAAGAGAAUGCGGCGCAGCUGGGUUAACGUUGACAUUUAAGCAAGUCUGAGGAGUUAAACCGGGAAGGAUCGAGCUGUGUUUUGUCGACUUCCACCAGAGCUGCUGACAGACUCACCCCCCUUUUCCAGUUUGGGAGUGUUUAGCCUCUGCCAAACGCGCUACCUGUCAAGUGUCUGGACUCAGUUUCAAUAGCAACUUCCACUGCUGCACGGAGGUAUUAAAGUGACCGUAUCCUUGUUUGACCGACUACAAGGGGGGAAAACAGGUUAAGGACGAGCCCUGCUUCACCUGCCCCCCUCUUGUUACCUGCAGACUUCCUUACGGCUUUUGACAACAUUAAUCUAUCCUUGUGGGAUCAAGUUACGGACCAGGGAAGAAGAGGAGUAGUGUGGAGUGAAGCGGUGACAUAUCCCGCAGUGUCAACAGCUAACAACGGCUUUUUUGUGCCUACUUUCGCUGCAACUAUUUUGAAUGGGGAGGUUUGCUUUGUGUGCCUGUAGACUGUCAACAACUCAGCUGAAGGGGAGUUAGAGUCCUCUUUCUCUUCCUCCUUCUCUGCUCUGUCACCGUUUGGAGGUGAACAGGUGCCUUACCUGUGAACACCACCUGCCCCGUCCUUCCUUAGCAAUGGCUAGCGAGGAGACAGCGGGCUCUGCGGAUGCUCAGGACGGGACUCCAGGAGCCAUGGCGCUCAACCCCGGAGUGCCUAUCCGGGGAAUAAAGAUGAAAUUCGGCGUGCUCGCGGGCCUGGUGGAAGUUGGGGAAGUUUCCAACCGGGAUAUCGUGGAGACGGUGUUCAACCUGCUGGUGGGAGGCCAGUUUGACCUUGAGAUGAACUUCAUCAUCCAAGAACCCGACAGCAUCGUGUGCAUGGUGGAGCUUUUGGACAAGUGUGAGCCCACCUGUCAGGCAGAGAUCUGGAGCAUCUUCAGCGCCAUCCUCAAGAAGAGCGUGCGCAACCUGCAGGCGUGCACUGACGUGGGGCUCAUCCAGCUGGUGCUGCAUCGCAUAUCCACCACUGACAGCAUGAUCGCAGACCUACUGGUGGACAUGUUGGGCGUGCUCGCCAGCUACAGCAUCACAGUGAAAGAGCUGAAGCUUUUCUUCAGCAAACUGCAAGGGGAGAAGGGCCAGUGGCCUCGCCACGCAGUGAAGCUUUUGUCAGUUCUGAAGUACAUGGCUCACAGGAACGGCCCUGACUCAUUCUUCAGCUUCCCGGGGAAGAACGCAGCUGCUAUAGCUCUGCCUCCUAUAGCAAAAUGGCCGUACCAGAAUGGCUUUACAUUCCACACGUGGCUCCGCAUGGAUCCUCUCAACAACAUCAAUGUAGACAAGGACAAGCCUUACCUGUACUGUUUCCGCACCAAUAAAGGCAUGGGUUACUCUGCACACUUUGUGGGGGGCUGUUUGAUAGUGACCUCAUUAAAAUCCAAGGGGAAAGGGUUCCAGCACUGUGUAAAGUACGACUUCAAACCACAGAAGUGGUACAUGGUGACCCUCGUUCAUGUGUACAACCGCUGGAAAAACAGUGAAAUUAGCUGCUUUGUGAACGGGGAACUGGCUUCCUUUGGAGACAUCGCCUGGUUUGUCAACACCAGUGACACAUUUGACAAGUGUUUCCUGGGAUCGUCAGAGACGGCAGAUGUCAACCGUGUGUUCUGCGGACAGAUGGGGGCAGUAUACCUGUUUGGAGAGGCUCUCAGCGCUGCUCAGAUCCUGGCCAUCUAUCAGCUGGGGCCGGGGUACCAGGGCACAUUCAAGUACAAGGCUGAGAGUGACUUGCUGUUUGCGGAGCAUCAUAAGACCUUACUGUAUGAUGGCAAGUUGUCCUCCAGUAUCGCCUUCGCUUACAACCCUCGCGCCACCGAUGCCCAGCUCUGCCUUGAGUCCUCCCCCAAGGACAACGCAUCCAUAUUUGUUCACUCACCCCACGCGCUCAUGCUGCAGGACGUGAAGGCCGUGGUGACUCACUCAGUCCAGGGCGGCAUUCACUCUAUCGGAGGUGUGCAGGUCCUCUUCCCUCUGUUUGCACAGCUGGAUUACUGCCAGCCCUCCAGCCAUGAGCUGGACACCUCUGUCUGCUGCACUUUGUUAUCCUUUGUGAUGGAGCUCUUGAAGAACUCAGUGGCUAUGCAAGAGCAAGUCCUUGCCUGCAAAGGCUUUCUCGUCAUCGGCUACACUUUGGAGAAGUCUUCCAAGGUGCAUGUGACGCGGCCCGUCCUGGACAUUGCGCUGGCCUUUUCCAGAUACCUUAGCAACUUGCAGAAUGGCAUCCUGCUGCUCAAGCAGCUGUGUGACCACAUUCUGUUCAACCCCGCCAUCUGGAUCCAUGCCCCUGCCAAGGUGCAACUGACACUCUACACUUACCUGGCAACGGAGUUCAUCAGCACUGUGACCAUCUACAACACCAUCCGCAGGGUGGGCACGGUACUGCAGGUCAUGCACACACUGAAAUACUACUACUGGGUCAUCAACCCCCAGGACCGCAGUGGAGUCGUGCCCAAAGGCAUGGAUGGUCCGAGACCAAACCAGAAGGAGAUCCUCUCUUUGCGAGCCUUUCUUUUGUUGUUUGUCAAGCAGCUCAUAAUGAAGGAUCAUGGAGUGAAGGAAGACGAGCUGCAGAGUAUCCUCAACUACCUCCUGACCAUGCAUGAGGAUGACAAUCUCAUGGACGUGCUGCAGUUGCUGGUGGCUGUGAUGUCAGAGCAGCCGGGGUCCAUGGUCCAGGCCUUCGACCAGCGCAACGGGAUUCGUGUGAUUUACAAGCUUCUGGCCUCAAAGAGUGAAGGAAUUAGAGUGCAGACCCUGAAAGUAAUGGGAUACUUUCUGAAACACUUGCCACCAAAGAGGAAACCCGAGGUCAUGAUGAGUCAUGGCCUUUUCUCCCUGCUCACUGAACGCCUGAUGCUCCACUCCGGAAAGUUCACCAUGACAACCUACAACGUGCUGUUCGAGAUUCUUACUGAGCAGAUCUGCACUCAAGUGAUCCAUAAACAGCAUCCGGACCCCGACUCCACUGUGAAGAUUCUCAACCCACAAAUUCUGAAGGUAAUGGCUUCUCUGCUGAAGGCCUCACCCCCGUCCCCCGAGAGCAUGGAGGUGCGCAAGGUCUUCCUGUCAGACAUGAUCAAACUGUUCAAUAAUAGCCGAGAAAACCGAAGGAGCCUGCUGCAGUGCUCCGUGUGGCAGGAGUGGAUGCUCUCCCUGUGCUACAUCCACCCUCAGAACAGCGAGGAGCAGAAAAUCACGGAGAUGGUGUACGCCAUCUUCCGUAUCCUCCUCUACCACGCCAUCAAAUACGAGUGGGGCGGCUGGCGGGUCUGGGUGGACACCCUGUCCAUCACACACUCCAAGGUAACCUUCGAGCAGCACAAAGAGAAUCUGUCCCAUAUGUUCCGUCAGUACCAGCAUCAGGGGUCCACAGGCUCUAUGAGCUCCAUCAGAACCAUCUCUGGUGUCAGCCAAAGAUCGGACACCAUGGAGUGUGUUAACGGGACCCCUGCAGAGGAGACAGCCCCUUCCACAGUCAUUGAGCUCACAGUGGACAAGCUGUCCCACAAGUCCCCGGACACAGCAUCUGGCUCCACCAUUACCUCCAGCCCACCAGAGGCUGCUGAGGGAAGUGGACACGCAUCCAUCACCGUGUCCAAUAUCCUGACCAGGGAUGACGAAGAAGAAGAGCAGCAGCAGCAGCAGCAGCAGGCUGUUGAGGAGUCUUCCAAGGAUGGCUCAGGUGAUGAGGGAAAAGAGACUGUGACACAAACGGACGAUAAAGAGGAACAGAGUGAAGAGACCAAUAAAGAGGAACGGGAGACUUCCACUGGCAAGAGCUCCGAUGAUCUGCAACCAUCAGUUAGCGACGCAGAGGACACCAAUGCAACAGAAGGGGUUAGAGACUCUGCUACACCAUCUGCAAGUGAUGAUGCACAAACAUCUGCAACAGAUGAUGACAAGUCUGAACCUAUCAAAGGGGAAUCACCAACCUCCACACCAGAAGAGUCUUUGACUGAAGCAGACACAGAGGUGCCCGAGGUUUCAGAACAAGACGAUAAUAAGGACCAAACGUCCCCCGAGUCAGCGGCCUGUCUGGAGAACAUUGUGCAGGGAGGAGACUCCGCCUUCAACGAGGAUGUGGCUGACAUGUCCUCUGUCAGCGACCAGACCCCCCCAAGUGAUGCUGAUGAUAGCCAAGAAGAGUCCUCUUAUGCCUCUGCAGUUGCCGGAGAGGAAGGGGAGGUAAGACAAAAGGAGGAUGCUAAAGAUGACGAUGAUGAAGGCAAGGAAGAUAAUCAGGAAGGUCAUGAGAUAAAGACGGACGAAGAUAGUGAUGAGAAGCAAGCGGUUGACUUACAAGAAAAAGUGGAAGAAGAGAGUGAAGCUGAAGAGAAACAGGUGUCUGGAUUGGAGAGUGAGACUUCUCUAACUGAAACACCUGAACAGAGUGAGACAGAAGCACCCAAAGAUGACCAGUCUUCCUCCAUAACUGUUCCCGCUACACCAGACCAGCAGCCUUCUGAUGCCACACCAACCUCUACAGCCCAGGAGGUCGCAGCAGCCUCAGACCCCCCCUCACCUAGCCAGCCUUUAGAUACCACCAGCACCACUGAAGAAGAAACCCUGCCCGCUCCCACAGAUAGCACCUCUGACGCACAGAAGACUGCAGCGCCUGUCAGCAAGACCAAAGAGAUCAAAAUCGCCCGACUGGACGUGUCCAAUGUGGCCUUAGACACGGAGAGACUUGAAUUAAAGGAGACCUCAACUACAGAAACAAGCCAGGGCCAGCCUCCAACAGCAGCAGCGGCAGCGGGGGGGUCUGCAGGUCAGCAGAGAGAGGGCAGCAAUCCGGCCCCUCGCUCCACCAUGUUUCGUAUCCCAGAGUUCCGCUGGUCCCACAUGCACCAACGCCUCCUGGCUGACCUGCUCUUCUCUAUUGAGACAGAUGUGCAGAUGUGGAGGAGCCACUCCACAAAGACGAUUCUGGACUUUGUGAACAGCAGCGAGAACGUGGUGUUUGUCCACAACAGUAUUCACAUCAUCUCCCAGGUGGUGGACAACCUCAUCAUGGCCUGUGGAGGCAUUCUACCUCUGCUCUCUGCUGCCACCUCCUCCUCUCAUGAACUGGAGAAUAUCGAACCCUCCCAGGGUCUGACGGUGGAGGCUUCAGUCACCUUCCUCCACCGCCUCAUCAACCUCGUGGAUGUUCUCAUCUUUGCCAGCUCCCUUACCUUCACAGAGAUAGAAGCUGAGAAAAACAUGUCGUCGGGAGGCAUCCUGCGACAGUGCCUUCGCCUCGUUUGUGCUAUGGCUGUUAGAAACUGUCUGGAGUGUCAGCAAGCCCAAUGCAGUCACGGUGCAGAAGCUUCCGCACGCAGCUACACAGCCAUGCCCAACAUGGGAGCAGCCAUGUCUGCAGCUGCACAGAGUCCUGUUGAUGCAGUGACAGGUGGGAUGUCUCCAGUCAGAGACCUGGACCGGCUUCUGCAGGACAUGGACAUAAACCGCCUCAGGGCUGUCGUCUUCAGAGAUAUCGAGGACAGUAAGCAGGCUCAGUUUUUGGCGCUUGCUGUUGUCUACUUCAUCUCAGUCCUGAUGGUGUCUAAAUACCGCGACAUCCUGGAGCCCCAGAAUGACAAGAAACGCCCUCAGAGGUCCCAGUCUUCCAGGAGCACAGAUAGCGGUGCCAUUUCUGGUGGACUCGAAGUGGAGAACGGAGUCUCUCUCCGACGUUAUGACUCUGGCAUCGGUGAUGACCACACCUCGGCGGCCGCGAGCGAGGCGGACCUGUCAUCCUCUGGCGUGACUCACGGCCCAGACGCCAUCUCAGAAGCCCUGUCUACGCUGUCCUCUGAGGUCAGACCUUCUCUGCCCACUGAUUCAAAGGGCAAGAAUGUGAAGGACAUUCUGCGCAGCCUAGUGAGCGCUCCAGCUGAUGACAUGAUGGUGGACCCAAGUCUGCUGCCACCAACGUUCCUAGGAAGUGUGGGCGAUGCGGCCAGAGACUCAUAUCGACAGUUCCGCUCAUUUGAUAGGAGUGUUGUCGUUGCACCUAAGAAAACUGGCAUGGCACCGUCUGCAGGCGCUUCCACCAACGUCCCAUCAGCCACUGCUGCGUCUGCCGGGACACCCAUCGACAGCGUCGCCAUGGUAUCUUCUGGAGACUCCUCCCAGAGCACCUCUGCAGCUACAGGCGGCCAGGUUCCAGCCAGCGCUAGCCUGCCAUCUGUCCCCCCACUCUCCCCUGUGACCCAGAACACAGCCCCCAAUAUGAGUAUCUCAGAGCGUCUGGAGAAUGCCCUGGAGAAGGCAGCUCCUCUGCUGAGAGAGAUCUUCGUGGACUUUGCUCCCUUCCUCUCUCGAACUCUGCUGGGUAGCCACGGGCAAGAGCUCCUCAUUGAGGGCACAAGCCUGAUGUGUAUGAAGUCCAGCAGCUCGGUGGUGGAGCUCGUCAUGCUCUUGUGUUCACAGGAAUGGCAGAACUCCAUCCAGAAGAAUGCAGGUCUCGCCUUCAUCGAGUUGGUCAACGAAGGCAGGCUGCUGAGUCACACCAUGAAGGACCACCUGGUUCGUGUGGCUAAUGAAGCUGAAUUCAUCCUCAGCCGACAGAGGGCUGAAGACAUUCACAAACAUGCAGAGUUUGAGUCGAACUGUGCGCAGUACGCCGCGGAGAAGCGAGAUGAGGAGAAAAUGUGCGACCACCUGAUCCGAGCAGCCAAGUACCGCGACCAUGUGACCGCCACGCAGCUCGUCCAGAAGAUAGUCAACAUCCUGACCGACAAACACGGAGCCUGGGGAAGCUCGGCCAAAAGCCGGCCGAGGGAGUUCUGGCGCCUGGACUACUGGGAGGACGAUUUAAGGCGGCGACGUCGCUUCAUCAGGAACCCCUCCGGAUCCACUCACUCAGAGGCUACGCUCAAAGCAGUGGCCGAACACGUGGCUGAUAUCAGUGCAUCCGAGGAAGAUAUUCUCAAAGGAAAGCAGUCCAUCAGAAGUCAGGCUCUGGGAAAUCAAAACUCUGAGAGUGAGACGUCACUCGACGGAGACGAUGACACUCUGUCAUCUCCAGAGGAGAAGGACCUGGAGAACUUUACAGGCCCGGUAAACCUGAGCACCAGUGCCCAGCUGGUGGCUCCGGCUGUGGUGGUGAAAGGCACCCUGUCCAUCACCCCCUCCGAGCUCUACUUCGAGGUGGACGAAGACGAUCCGAGCUUCAAGGCCAUCGAUCCAAAGAUUUUAUCCUAUACAGAAGGUCUUCAUGGAAAAUGGCUCUUCACGGAGAUCAGAGCCGUCUUUUCCAGACGCUACCUACUGCAGAAUACUUCUCUGGAAAUCUUCAUGGCCAACAGAACGGCAGUCAUGUUCAACUUCCCAGAUGCGGCCACAGUCAAGAAGGUGGUCCACAGUCUCCCUCGUGUUGGGGUGGGCACGAACUUUGGCCUUCCACAGACCAGACGUAUCUCUCUGGCCACACCAAAGCAACUUUUCAAGGCAUCCAGCAUGACCCAGCGCUGGCAACGCCGCGAGAUAUCCAACUUUGAUUACCUUAUUUUCCUCAACACCAUCUCUGGUCGGACCUUUAAUGACCUGAAUCAGUACCCGGUCUUCCCCUGGGUGAUCACCAACUACGACUCAGAGGAACUUGACCUCACUCUGCCCAGCAACUUCAGAGAUCUGUCCAAGCCCAUUGGUGCUCUGAACCCCAAGAGAGCAGCCUUCUUCUCAGACCGAUAUGAGUCCUGGGAGGAUGAUCAGGUGCCGAAGUUCCACUAUGGCACCCACUAUUCCACCUCCAGCUUCACCAUGAUGUGGCUACUGCGUAUCGAACCCUUUACUACAUUCUUCCUAAACUUCCAAGGAGGAAAGUUUGACCAUGCUGACCGCACCUUCUCCUCAGUCGCCCGGGCAUGGAGGAACUGCCAGAGAGACACCUCUGAUGUCAAGGAGCUGAUCCCAGAGUUUUACUACCUCCCCGAGAUGUUUGUCAACGCCAACAGUUACAACCUGGGAGUGAUGGAGGAAGGCGCCAUGGUCUCUGAUGUGGAGCUGCCACCUUGGGCCAAGAGCCCGGAGGAGUUUGUGCGCAACAAUCGACUGGCUCUGGAGAGCGAGUUUGUGUCCUGCCAGCUCCACCAGUGGAUUGAUCUGAUCUUUGGCUACAAGCAGCAAGGACCUGAAGCCACCAGAGCUCUCAAUGUCUUCUAUUAUUUGACCUACGAAGGGGCUGUCAACCUCAGCUCCAUCACCGACCCCAUGCUCCGAGAGGCUGUGGAGUCUCAAAUAAGGAGUUUUGGACAGACCCCCUGCCAGUUGCUCAUCGAGCCACACCCACCCCGAAGCUCAGCCAUGCAGGUGACCCCACUGAUGUUUACGGAGCAGAUGCAGCAGGAUGUUAUCAUGGUGCUGAAGUUCCCAUCCAACUCUCCUGUUACCCACGUAGCAGCCAACACCCAGGCGGGCCUGACGUCACCGGCCAUCAUCACCGUCACUGCAAACCGCAUCUUCGCUGUCAACAAGUGGUAUGGACUGACAGGUCAUCAGAGCUCAACGGUGCAGGACCAGCAGUACCAACUUCCUGUGGAAAUUGACCCUCUGAUAGCCAGUAACGUGGGCAGUCAUCGUCGUCAGAUCUCAGACCUGCUGGAUCAAAGCAUUCAGAUCAGCUCGCAGUGUUUCAUCAUCACAGCCGACAACCGCUUCAUCCUCCUGUGCGGCUUUUGGGACAAGAGCUUCCGGGUUUACUCCACUGACUCAGGCAAACUGACGCAGAUCGUGUUCGGACAUCGUGACGUGGUGACGUGUCUGGCUCGCUCCGAGUCGUACAUCGGAGGAGACUGCUACGUCCUGUCAGGCUCCAGAGACGCCACCCUGCUGCUGUGGUACUGGAACGGGAAGCACAACAGCAUUGGAGAGAGCCCGGGCACAGAGUUUACCACACCGAGGGCCAUCUUGACGGGCCAUGACUGUGAAGUGACGUGUGCGAGUGUGUGUGCAGAGCUGGGUCUCGUCAUCAGCGGCUGCAAAGAGGGUCCUUGUCUGAUCCAUUCCAUGAAUGGGGACCUGCUGCGGACCCUGGAGGGCCCCGAGCGCUGCCUGAGGCCUCGUCUCAUCCAGUCCUCCACCGAGGGACACUGCAUGAUCUACUACGAGAAGGGGCAGUUUUGUAACUUCAGUGUCAACGGCAAACUGCUCAGACACAUGGAGGUGGAAGACAGCAUCAAGGCCAUGUACCUGAGUCGGGACGGCCAGUACCUGCUGACGGGCGGAGACGGAGGCGUGGUCUCCGUCUGGCAGGUCCACAACUUCAAACAGCUGUUCACGUACCCAGGCUGCGACGCAGGAAUCCGCUCUAUGACCAUGUCCCAUGACCAAAGGUGCAUCAUCACCGGCAUGUCCUCUGGAAGCAUCGUGCUCUUCUACAACGACUUCAACAGAUGGCACCACGAGUACCAGACCCGCUACUGAGUGUGAACUUCUCAAAGGCGCUACUCUGUCUGUACCCUGAAUGUAUCUUAAUGAAAGAAGAAAACAAAAAACUGUCCUGUUAAAGUAAACAAAUCAAAACUAUUUUUAAAAAGGGCAUUGCUAUAUUUUGUAGAUCAGAUAGAAACUUUCAUAUAAUUCACAGGGUGGGGGUUAUGUUACUGUACGGUUAAAACAAAUCUAUUUUUAGCUGUAAGAGUCUAUUUUCAUCUCCUCUGGAAAACUAAGGCGGGAUUUGUUGGGAGCUAGUGAGAACCUUUUCUCUUUACUUAAAAAAUCCAAAUAUUUGUGUACUUUAAGGUGAGUGAUUAUCUUUCUUUCUGUAGGUGUGUAUGUGGGGAAUAAUUAUCAAGCUGUCAUUCACGUUUUAACUUCUUUUUUGGCAAAACUGCCGUUAGAUAUGAAGUGUUUGAAUAAAUAAUAAAUGUAUUGGAUAGAAGGAUAAACAAAGAGGGAAUAUACAUACAUAUAUAAAUAUCUAUAUAUUCAGUUUAAAUGUAUGUCCUCCAUAUUUAAAAUUUCCAUUUCCUCUGUACCUCUGCUUGCUAGGAGAUUGUGCAUGGCUCACUAGUACACACUUAAAACAUAUCAGUGCAGAUGUAUCACUUAAUUUAAUACUUUCUAAACUUCCCAUCCAGUGAUGAUAAAGAAGGAUGUCAGGAAAACAUGUCCAGGAUUGUGCUUUGAUUUUUCUUUCUACAAUGACUGAAGAAGCAAAAAGUGAAUCUUUUUUUCUAAAAUGGGAAUCUUGAUCAUUGUUUGUGAAAGCCUGAGUAACGAGAGAUCACGAAAAUCAUCUGUAAAGUCUUCUUUGAGUCAUGUCUCCAAAGCAGCUGACAGCAGAGUGAGACGUUCAAUGACAGGAAGGACUUUUCUCUAUUUCAUCACAGGAUGAGUGAUUAUCUAAAGAUGUGAUUCAGCACUAAAAUAGCAUAUUCCUUUGGUCUUCGCUAAAUGAAACGUCCACUUGUAUCCUUUAGAUUUCAGGGGAACAUUCCUUUACAAUUUGCGCUUUGAUGUGGUUUGAAACUACAGUUAAAUGAGAACUACUGUUGUCUAUCAACCAACAUUAUUUUUGCAAUAAUUUGAGUGUUUUGUGUGCCGAGUUCUGACAAUAAAAUGGAAUUUUAUAACUUGAA